AUGCAGACUUCGCUCAUAGCCGCGACCAUAGCGCUUUUGGCGUGCGUAUCUGCAUGGGAAAUGCCACCAUCGGGCCAGAGAGAUCCUUCAUUGUGUGUUGCCCCAGCUGAGUACGAAGCGUGCAACAAAGAUGCGUGGGCCAAGGUCGACAAUUAUAUGAAUGGCAAGAAACGGGAUACAUCGGAGUAUGUCGAUUGUUUUUGCUUCAGCAAUGCAUAUCUGCUGAACUGCGAAGCACAAUUUUGCUGGAACAAGGUUUACGGAUGUGAAUAUAACGACAUAGCCGAGAAUUUACUCAGCUUUUGUAGUCCAGAUCUUGUAAAGAGCGACGGAAUUCCCUUCUGGCCGGCUCCUGGCAAUGCCCCGGGAGCUUGUUCUUGCGACAACAGCGCCACAGAUCUCGAGAUGGCUGACAUUUGGUCCACUACUCGUGAAGCUUGCAGUACCGGCGAAGUCACAGAUCCAAAUGACAAAAAUUCGGCGGCGAACUGUGGGUGCUGUUACUGGAGCAUCUCAUUUCUGUCAACAAUCGAGAGCUGCCCUAAAUAUGAUUUUCCAUAUUUUCGCUACGACGAUGAGAGGAAAGCAAAUCUCAGCAAUUUCGACAAGACCUGGUUGUCUUGCCAAGAUACUCUCCCAACCGCGGAUUGCAAGGCUUUAGGAUAUAGUUACACUCGCGAAGUGUAUCUACCUUCUGCUCUUCCCCUUCCGGGCACGGAGACAAUGUCCAAUCUUCCAGGUCAAGUCACUGCUCCUGUCAGUGGAUGGACAUUUACUUGGUCUGCUGCAAGGUUCAACUAUGCUGUGACUGCUUUCUCGCCGACUGGGACGAUUAUCAAUGUUCCUGCGUCCACAGAUUCUUCUUCGAGCUCUGGAGGAAUAUCGGGUUCUGCCAGCUCAGGGACAAUCACAUCUAGUCCUAUAGCAGCAACUUCGGCUUCGAGUUCGAGUGCAACUACAUCGACAUCUUGGGGGCAGAAAGCAAUGGAUGGAAAUUUAGUCUUGAAGGGCGCAGUUGCUUGUGUUCUGUUCCAAGUGAUUCUUGGUUUCUCGGUCUAG